AUUUAUGCCACAUUCCUUUUGCUUAUAGUCUCUAACUUGUGAAAUCAGCGAGUGUCACAACACAGAUUGUUUAUGUAUUCACUCAUGAAUUAUUUCACCAUGUAAGAUUGGAGAGUCACCUGCGUAUGAAGUGCAAAUUUCCAAGGCCCAUUGUGUUGAUUGGCUUUUACGUCCUAAAAAGGCGGAGUCUCACAGGCUGUAAAGCUAAGCAAAUGAUUAGGCAAUUUACCCCUCUGUCAAAUUCAAAGAACAUACCUGACACUUCCUGUGCGAUUUUGUGUACGAGAGAUUUGUGUUUUACGGAACCGUAUUGGUUUGUCGCAGUUAGCACUAAAUAUAUUCUGGACGCCGCAGGUAAAGUUACGCAGUAGGCUAUGGUACUCAGUGGAAAUGAAAUGAGCUUUGUGGUAAAUGUGACGGAUUUCAUAUUUCUGGAGUAACGUUAGUCCAAAUCAUUGGUCACGCCUCGUGGAAGGCUGGGUUUACCAUCGCGUUUGUAAUGGUUGUUCCAGCCCGGUACACAGAACUACAUAGGGCAUAUCCUGGAUGGCUAGUGGGGAAUACACAGGCAUGGCUGAUUGGUCACAUGUGAGGCCCAACUGAGGGCCGCUGUUGCCCUCUUGUACCCCACCACCCCCACCCCCACCCCACCGCCUGGCCUCCCUGCCAGCAUGUACCGGAGGGACGGCCUGUCGGAUGGAGCGAGCAUCAACUCUGCCACCUCGGAGUGUAGCAGCAGCUCUGAGUCUCUCGAGGGGCCCGGCGUGGACUACGCCAAGAGUUACGAUGCCGUUGUUUUCGACGUGCUGAAGGUCACGCCAGGGGAGUUUGCGAGCCAGAUCACGCUGAUGGAUGCCCCAGUGUUCAAGGCCAUACAGCCAGAGGAGCUUGCCAGCUGUGGGUGGAACAAGAAGGAGAAACACGUCCUGGCGCCUAACGUGGUGGCUUUCACACGCCGAUUCAAUCAGGUGAGCUUCUGGUUGGUGAGAGAAAUCCUCACAGCUCGGACUUUGAAGAUUCGGGCAGAGAUUCUGACCCAUUUUAUUAAAAUCGCAAAGAAACUAUUGGAGCUGAACAACAUUCAUGGCCUGGUCUCUGUGGUCUCUGCCCUGCAGAGCGCACCGAUCUUCAGACUCAGCAAGACCUGGUCGUUGAUCAGCCGUAAGGAUAAGGCCACAUUAGAGAAGCUGAAUAGUCUGACCUCUAAGGAGGAGAACUACAGUAUCUUGAGGGAAUACAUCAGGUCUCUAAAGAUGGUGCCGUGCAUCCCUUACUUGGGGAUGUACCUUCUGGACAUGAUCUACAUUGACUCGGCCUAUCCCGCGUCUGACAGCAUCCUAGAGACUGAGCAGAGGACCAAUCAGAUGAACAAUCUCCUGCGGGUGAUCUCGGACCUCCAGGUUUCCGGCAAGUAUGAUCACCUUGUGACCCUUCCCCAUGUGCAGAAGUACUUGAUGUCAGUGCGCUACAUUGAGGAACUUCAGAAGUUUGUGGAGGAUGACAACUUCAAGUUGUCUCUGAAGAUUGAGCCAGGAAAUAGUUCACCACGAAUGGCCUCCUCUAAAGAAGACCUUGCAGGUCCUUCUGAGGUGUCCGCAUCCGUGAGGUAUAACAGCCGCAGGCCCACCUGCCCCGACGCGUCCGUGGCCGUUUACAUGCCCACCCCUCCCCCUUCACGGCACAGGAAGAGCCACAGCCUCGGCAACAAUAUGAUGUAUCAGUUUGGUAUUGCGGAGAGCAAGAGUGCUACUUUCCCCAUUGAGAAAGCUCGCCACCUGCUGGACGACAGCUUCCUGGAGUCUCAGAGUCCUGCUAGACCCAACCCCGCCAACGCAUCUUUCACCAACGGAUUAGCACUUGACAGCAGUGAAAGCUCCUUCUAUGAAGACUUGUCAUCCGGAGUAGAAAGGGGGCGCAUGUAUGCCACUCUAGGCCCAAACUGGAGGGCCCCCCCACGCCUCCCCCCCAAGAGCUGCAGUUAUAUCUACAGCCCCUCGCAACUCAACCCCGUGUGCGGAGCCUCGGAGGCGGGGAGCGUCACCAUGGAGGGUCCCCUGAGACGGAAGCCCCUGCUGAAGAAGGGCAAGAAGCCCAGGUUGUCGUCAUGGACACGGUACUGGGUGUCUCUCUCCGGCUCGACCCUGAGCCUCUAUGGGACCAAAGCGCUGAGGGCCUCAGAGAGGAAGCAUUACAAAUCAACUCCCUGUAAAACGGUGUCCGUGAUCGGCUGGAUGGCGGUUCUGCCAGACAACCCGGCAAGACCCAACAUCUUCCAGUUGAACGACCCAGACAAAGGGAAUGUUUACAGGUUCCAGACGAGUUCCAGAUUCUCGGCCAUCCUCUGGCACAAAAGCCUUGAAGAGGCAAGCAGGAGUAAGAAACGCAAGGCACCAGCCAAUCUCAUGUCAUUUGAGUGAAAAGGAGACCGUCCGUCGUCCCCCC